AUUUUGAUACAAGUAAAUAAAAAUUGUUAUUGCUCCAAUCCAAGACAAAAUGCGUUGUGCUGUUAGAAAUUGUGGAAAUAACAAUGAAAAAGAAAACAAAAGGAAGUGGCGCUACUUUCGCUUUCCGAAAUAUAAUCCCCAGCUUGUAAAAUGGAUCGAGUUUUGCGACCGGGAUGCAUUAAACCCCUUGACAGCCUGCAUUUGCAACGAGCACUUUAAGUUGGAAGAUUUCGAAAGGAAUAUGCAAUACGAGUUUGGAUUCAGUCAAAAGAAUCCAACCAUACUAAAGACUGGCUCAUGUCCCACACUCAAGCGCCCCGAAACGGUGACAAAGUCGCCCAUGAAAAAGAGGCGCUCCGUAAAAAGAAAGGAAGUAAGCAAUGUGCAGCAAGAAGUGGAAGUGGAGCUGUGUGACUUUGCCACAGACUUAGAAGGCCUGGAUGAGAACUCAACCAGCGUGAUACAACAGUCUAAAGAAACGGACUUUGCGGAAGACCAACUACAUUACCAGCUCGAAUUUGUGGAAGCCAGCGCGAACUCCAUGGACGAGGUGGAGAUCAUCGAUACAGAAGAUGCCACUUAUGUACGACAUUUGGAGCAUGAAGUGACCUCCCUGCGGCGUGAAGUUUUCAAUCUCAAAGAUGAUCGAAAGAAACUGCUCGAAGUAAUUCAAAACCUUAAGGAAACAAUUCGUGGAAAUUCUCUGCUGCGGGAAGAAUCCGCUGAUUAAACAGAGAUUAAAAGUGAGGCAGCACACUCGACUGAUUAGAUGUACAACCAAAUAUUAAAGAAACUCAUAAAAAACUCGAUUUACCAUUUAAUAAGUGUAGUAAAUGUUACUAUUAUGAAUUUAUAUGUAAAAGGAGGCCAACUCAAAUGUUGCCAGGCUUUCAAUUUAAUUGCAAACUAGGAAUUAUUUUUAAGGACAAUAAACAAAUAUUAAAGACACAAACAACAUUAGAUCCGGUUCGCUGGAAAUUCUUUAUCUGAAGCCCUAACCUACCUACUUACGUGCAUAUUUUCCUUGCUAUCAACAUAAGUGUUUUCCCUGAACAUUUCCAGGUCUGCCCGCGGCUAUCUUUUCCCUGGAAUUCCAUGGACUAGCAAUGGCAUUUUCUCCAAGGUCAAAGUCAUUAGAAAGGCAAUAUCCUUUUUAAUAUUUAUCGCUACCUGCGGAAGUACGAGUGCUAUGGUAUAUAAGCGCUUGUGCUGACUGUAGUCGACCUGCACUGCAAGCGUUGAGUUCUAACCGUCAACAUCCAGCAGCUACUGGCAACAGUUACUACCCACGCCGCAAGAGCGUGGCAGAGCCUGAGGUGCAACUGACGAGGACUAGGACCAACCAAGACAACAUGGAAUCAACAACUCCAGAACUUCAGCCCCCACUUGGCGCUUGCAGUGUCAGCCAACUAGCUUCAAAUUAAAUAAUUGUAAAUUAUA